CAAAACUGUCUCUUAUCUCCUUUGUUUCGGGAACAUAACCAAGGUCGUCGAUCCCUGUCUCUCUCUCUCUCUUUCUUUCCCGUUUUGCGCCAUACCAAAUCUCAUCCUGACGUGUUCUUCCCGUCCCUUCUCUUUCGGCUUGUUCAUCCACCUAUAAGAACCCCAUCCCUCCACCAAAAUCCCACACCACCGCUGUGGUUAAUCUCCUUAUCACAGGUGAUUAUCAUGGAAGUUACAGGGGGCUAAAACCUGCCAAGUAUAUGGCAUUGACUGACACAAAGGUCAUGUGUGGAGGAACAAACAACUCAGAAAGCAACUACUCUUGGAGCAGAAUUUUUGUUAUGGAAUUAGGACCUGACUGGCCAAAACAUAGAAAAUUGCCAGCAUAUACUGCUCAUGUGAUGCGUUCUGCAACAUUUUUUAUGCCUUGGUCUUGUAAAAUUAUAGGUGACGGAUAUCACGAACUCCAUUAAUCAAAUGUCUGCUAUUUCCGAGUAUGCAAAUUUGUGGGCGAAACACAACUGAUCAUAGAUGAGAGUGAUCUGCAUUUCUUUUUAUGUGCUCAUAGCUUCUCAAUCUAGAAAAUGCCUGAUUUUGUGAGUGGAAAGAAGAGAUUCAAAGAACCAAAUAUGUGUUUAACCACUUUGCUCAAGCAAGAUACACCAAUCCAUUCAAAAAGCUAUCGUAAUUUGAGUUCUGAAGCCACAGAUGAUUUCGACACCCCCAUUCUACCUGGACUGCCAGAUGACAUAUCGAAAUGUUGCCUUGCCCUUGUUCCUCGUUCAGACUUCCGUUCUAUGAGUUUUGUGUGUAAGAAAUGGAGGCAUUUUAUUCAAAGCAAGGAAUUUACAACUAUCCGACAAUUAGCUGGGUUGCUUCAGGAGUGGCUCUAUGUGUUAACCACGGAUUCUGAAGGAAAGGAAAGCCAUUGGGAGGUUAUGGAUUGCCUUGGACAUAUGCACCUCAUUCUUCCUCCAAUGCCUGGUCCAACAAGAUCUGGGUUUGGGGUGGUAGUUCUCAGCGGAAAGCUUGUUAUUGUAGGUGGUUUUUCUGUGAUCAAUGGGACUGCUGUGGCAUCAUCAGAAGUCUACCAUUAUGAUUCUUGUAUCAACAGGUGGAGCAAAUUAGCAGAGAUGAAUGUGGCUCGAUAUGACUUUGCUUGUGCAGAACUAUCUGGCCUGGUUUACGCAGUUGGAGGCUAUAGUACAGAUGGCAACAUCCUAUCUAGUGCUGAGGUGUACAAUCCUGAGACUGAUACUUGGACCUUGAUAGAGAGUAUUCGCCGGCCAAGAUAUGGUUGUUUUGCAUGUGGAUUUGAGGGAAAGCUGUAUGUUAUGGGUGGAAGGUCAAGCUUCACUAUUGGCAAUUCAAAGUUUGUUGAUGUCUAUGAUCCCAAGACCCACACAUGGUGUCAGAUGAAGAAUGGUUGUGUUAUGGUCACUACUCAGGCUGUGCUGGAAAAGAAGCUCUUCUGUAUGGAGUGGAAGAACCAGCGGAAACUUUCAAUUUUCAAUCCUGAGGACAAUUCCUGGAAGAUGGUGCAAAUUCCACUGACAGGAAGCACUAGUAUUGAAUUUCGAUUUGGGAUACUGGGUGAGAAACUUCUACUGUUCUCACUAGAGCAGGAACCUGGUUACCGUACUCUGAUGUAUGAUCCAAAUGCAGCUCCAGGAUCAGAGUGGCAGACUUCAGAGGUAAAGCUGUCUGGUCCGUGCUUGUGCUCUGUUAGAAUCACGGUGUGAAAGGUGUGCCUGAAAGUUAGAGAACCUAAAUAAUACUCUAGAAAACAUUCGGUGAACUUCUUGAAUCGAGGACUCUAGUGAUUUAGUUUUUGCGUUGCAUGGAUUUGGAUUCUGAUAAUAACUGUCUGUUCUGAACUUUUUGCAUUGCCUGGAUUUCAUUUUACUUUUAUCAUUUACUUUUGGUUUGGGGCUUCUCUGUUUAUCGAUUAACUUGUUCUACUGGGAUUAUUCCGAAUUAGUGAACUGUAAUCCUGUACACUUUUGGGCUUUCUUGCUUAUAACUUUCUUCAGUUAUAUGGAGAAACUGGUUGAGAAGGUAUUUGAUGUUUGAUUUUA